AUGAGUACAUCAGAUGACCACCUCCCCCCUCUCUUAGCACAGGGCACUAGUCAAGGGCUUUUACCUUGGCAGGAGCAGGCAUGCCUUAGGGAGAGUGUGAAGGAGGAGGACACAGAGGAUUGGCAGAGGAGUCCAGACUUCAGUGGGCUGGAGCGAGUGGGAGGAGUCGAUCUGUCAUUCAUUAAGGACAAUGAUAUCAAUGCCUGUGCUCAUCUUGUGGUGCUCACAUACCCACAUAUGAAGCUUCUGUAUGAGGAUUGUAAGAUGGUGACUCUUAAUGCCCCCUAUGUGGCUGGCUUCCUGGGCUUCAGAGAAGCACCACCUCUGCUGCAGGCCCUGGAGAAACUGAAGAAUGAACAGCCAAAUCUUAUGCCACAGGUGCUAUUUGUGGACGGGAAUGGAUUGUUCCACUACCGGGAGUUUGGUUUGGCCUGUCAUCUUGGUGUUCUGUCAGAUCUGCCCUGUGUGGGUGUUGCCAAGAACCUUCUUCAUGUAGAGGGAGUGUUGAAAAGUGAAGAGCACCAUUCACAGAUCAAUGCUCUACAGAAGAGUGGGGAUAGUUUUCAUCUGGUUACAGCCUCGGGGAGAGUUCUUGGUAAGGCUCUCCGCAGUUCUCAAAGAAGCACCAAACCUGUGUAUGUUUCUGUGGGUCAUCGAAUCAAUCUGGAUACAGCAGUCAAACUUACACACACCUGCUGCCUGUACAGAGUACCUGAACCAAUACGACAGAUUGUUUGA